AAUUCAGAGAUGACAAUGGAGGACAGGAGCAGCCGCACCGGCAGCGGCAGAGAAAGGCUGGGACUGAGCUUCACUAUUGACUACCUUCUGUUCAAUAAAGGAGUCAAAGGUUCUAAAGAAGAAGCGACAGGAAGUCGUACGGCAGAGCAGACAGCGAGCAACAUGCUAAAUCAUCAGAAUCCUAAACCCGAAGAGGUGGGGAUUCGCUCAGAGGUGCAGGAGAAGCGGCUACAGAGGUCAGAGGCAAAGGCUGAAGAGAGGAAAGUCAAAGAAGAGGAGGGGGAUGAAGUGCAACAAGAGGAGGGGGCGGAGGAAGUGACCACCACCACCACCACCACCACGUCGACCAGCAGCAGUCCGGAGAAGUCUGCGGACAAACCCAACCAGUCGUACAUUGCGCUUAUCUCCAAGGCAAUCCUGGCGUCAGAGCAGAAGAAACUGCUGCUGUGUGACAUUUACCAGUGGAUCAUGGACCACUACCCUUACUUCAAGAGUAAGGAUAAAAACUGGAGGAACAGCGUGCGUCACAACUUGUCCCUGAAUGACUGCUUCAUCAAAGCAGGCCGCAGUGACAAUGGUAAAGGCCACUUCUGGGCGAUUCACCCUACGAACUUCCAGGACUUUUCUAACGGGGACUACCACUGCCGGAGGGCCCGGCGGAGGGUACGCAGGGUGGCAGGACAGCUCCCCCUUUCCUCCCUGAGCUCGCCCUACCACCCAGCCUUCGUCCGGUCACACAGAACGACCUACUGGUGCUGCCCCCAAGCCCAAACGCUCCCUCUGUCCUGCCUGGCACCAAGACUCUACUGGCCAUGGUCCAGUGUGCAGCCACAAGUGGGGUUCCACCCGAGCCUGCACGCCUCUGUACCCUGAGAGUGUUGUACUUUUGACGUACAAACAAUCUGGCCCUGAAUUAUUGCUGGGUAAAGGAGAGAUUUUAGUCUUAUUUGCUAAUGAAUUUGUCAUUAGGUGAUGUUGACGUCGAAGUGGACAAUGUCACGUUAAACUCUGCAAACCAAAGCGAUUUUAGGGUGUUCGAUGAUGACAUGUAUGAAUCUGUUAUUUGUAUUCUCAGUGUUUUUAGAAUAACAAAAACUCACAAUGUUUUGUUAUAAUCUCAUUA